ACAGCUGAACAAUAACAAAGGAAAAGAUCUAAUGCGUGUGAAAAUUAACCUCCCGAGUCCCCGAGUAGAAAAACUCAUCACGAAAUUGUCAUGCCCAGCCAACCCAUCAUCCGAGAGAGCCUAUAUAAUCAGCAACUCAACACCCCAUUUCAUAUCAUCAUUCAAAACAAACACAUUAUUAUUAAUUAUUAACAGUACAAUAUAUAAUCUCCUUAUAUUAAUAUUAAUUUCUUCCUUUUUACUAUACCAAAAUGAGUACAAAGAGAGUGAAAGUAGUAGCUGUAGCAGUGUCACUACUAAUGUUGAUACAGGUGGGUUGGAGCCAGCAGGAAGGGUCUAGCCAGCCACAAUGCAACCAAGUGGUGCAGCAGCUAACCCCAUGCGUCCAGUACGUGACUGGGAGGGAGUCGAAGCCCUCAGACGCAUGCUGCAAUGGGGCCAAACAGCUGGCUGCGUCAGCUAAGACCACAAAAGACAGGCAAACUGCUUGUAGUUGCAUUAAGCAAGCCGUUGGUGGUUUGCCUAACGUUGACCCUUCAAAAAUUUCUAGUGUCCCCAAAGAAUGUAACAUUGAUUUCAGUUUGCCCCCUAUCACUCGAGACUUCGACUGUUCUACGUACGAUUAAGGCUAUGUACUGGUGAUUAUAUAUAUAAUAUAUCUAUCUAUGAUAUUGGGAUCCCCUCAAAGAUAUAUAUAUUGUACCAGAUAAGACCUUCAUAAAAUAAAUUGUAGCGCUAUUAUAUCUAUAUAUCUAUUAAUGUACUGAUCAUCGUCAGUCUUUCGUUUUAUGAAACAAUAAUUAAUAAUGUCCUUUUGUGGGAAAUGUUUAUCUUAUUUUUAAUUAUCAAUGAAUUAUAUGUUGAUCUUA